CAUCCAGUGUAACCAAUCAAAUCUUUCGACCUCAGUUUAUCUUGAAUGUCUCCGCCCACAUUUGAACAAAGACACGCGAGACUAAGCGCCUCGUUGUUUGACAUUUGUACUACGUGGCUUACUUUGAAUCUACAGGUUUACAGCUCUUUAUCCAGAAGAAAAGCUUUGUUACUACAUUUGAUCUGUGCUGUGGGAUGAUUUCAGCUAAAAUCUGCAGAAUGGCGGAAGCACUUCCUAUGCAAAAAUCUGUAAAUAUUGGCCAAGCUUUGAAGGACACUCUUAUACAAGCACUCGCUGAUGAUAGACUCGUUAUAGGAGUGAUGUCCUGUGCUAAACUUCUGGAAAUAAGCCCCGAGAGCGUGAUGGUUUGCAUUUUACCUGCCUCUGUCCCAAGUCAUGACGUCACAUUCCACAUCCAGCAAACUCUUGUAGAGGCCUUCUGUGUAGAACAUUGCAUUCCAAUCCUAAAGAUUGGCGACUCUGAGAAGCUAGCCAUGACGUUGACAGAGAGGCAGGAUGCUGCCAAUAACAAUAAUGACAAACCGGAGGAGGGGGAUAAGGACCUCACCUGUCUGCUAGUACAGAAUCCGGAAGUUAAAAGUCAUUCCGACCAGUUUGUCACGGAGUUCUGUGAAAGGAUUUUUCUCACUCAUCCCAAAAUAGAAUUACCCGUGUGAUAUUGGAGGAGGAUUAUUUCCUUAAAAAUCAGGAUAUGCCUGAACGACUGCGUCAUGUUGAAUGGUUCCACACACAGUUCGGCUGACACCGUUCUGUAGUGGACGAAAUGAAACGCCAGGACCACGUGUCCCUUUAGAGGGGGCGUGGUCAAGCGUUAGAAGAGGACUAAAAAAGGCUGAAGUUGAUGUCACAAAUGACCUGCAGAUACCUGCAAUAUAAAGUUUAUUUUACUGUUAUCGAUUUAAAUCAUUAAAUAUUUCUAUCGUC